GGGAGGAGACACGCGAGGCCGGCCGGCUGCGCCCCGGUCGCCGCGCCGCGACCCGCACACCCCACGCCGUGCUCGCCGGCUCCCACGCCCCCGCGCCGCGCGCCCGAUCCGUGCGCUCCGAAGACCCCCCCGGGGCGGCCGCCGCUGGCGAUGCUGCAAGAAACUUCUUAAAUGACCGCGUCCCGCUGCCCCGCCGAGCGUUUCUGGGUUGGGGAGAGGAAAGGAAAGUGGAAAAAAACUGAGAACUUCCUGAUCCCUCUCGCUGUGAGACAUGUCUGAGACUCCUGCUCAGUGUAGCAUUAAGCAGGAACGAAUUUCAUACACGCCUCCGGAGAGUCCAGUGGCAAGCUACGGUUCCUCCACUCCACUUCAUGUUCCAGUGCCUCGAGCGCUCAGGAUGGAGGAAGACUCGAUCCACCUGCCAGCGCACCUGCGCUUGCAGCCGAUUUACUGGAGCAGAGAUGACGUAGCCCAGUGGCUCAAGUGGGCGGAAAACGAGUUUUCUUUAAGGCCCAUUGAGAGCAACACGUUCGAAAUGAACGGCAAGGCGCUCCUGCUGCUGACCAAAGAGGAUUUCCGCUACCGAUCUCCUCAUUCAGGCGAUGUGCUCUAUGAACUCCUUCAGCAUAUUCUGAAGCAGAGGAAACCUCGAAUUCUCUUCUCGCCAUUCUUCCACCCUGGGAACUCUAUCCACACGAAGCCAGAAGUCCUACUGCAUCAGAACCAUGAAGAAGAUAACUGUGUCCAGAGGACGCCCAGGCCACCUGCAGAGAGUGUGCACCACAACCCUCCCACCAUUGAACUCUUACAUCGCCCUAGGUCACCCAUCACCACAAACCACAGGCCUUCUCCUGACCCCGAGCAGCGGCCCCUGCGGUCCCCUCUGGACAACAUGAUCCGCCGCCUCUCACCAGCUGAGAGGGCGCAGGGACCCAGGCUUCAGCAGGAAAACAACCACCAGGAAUCCUACCCCCUGUCAGUGUCUCCUAUGGAGAAUAAUCACUGCCCACCAUCCUCGGAGUCCAACCCGAAGCCCUCCAGCCCCUGGCAGGAGAGCCCGCGAGUGAUCCAGCUGAUGCCCAGCCCCAUCAUGCACCCUUUGAUCCUGAACCCCCGGCACUCAGUAGAUUUCAAACAGUCGCGGCUCUCUGAAGACGGGCUGCAUAGGGAAGGGAAGCCCAUGAACCUGUCUCACCGGGAGGACCUGGCUUACAUGAACCACAUCAUGGUCUCCGUGUCCCCACCUGAAGAGCACGCCAUGCCCAUUGGGAGAAUAGCAGACUGUAGACUGCUUUGGGAUUACGUCUAUCAGUUGCUCUCCGACAGCCGGUACGAAAACUUCAUCAGAUGGGAAGACAAGGAAUCCAAAAUAUUCCGGAUAGUGGAUCCCAAUGGAUUGGCUCGCCUGUGGGGAAACCAUAAGAACAGAACAAACAUGACCUAUGAGAAAAUGUCCAGAGCCCUGCGCCACUACUACAAACUAAACAUUAUCAGGAAGGAGCCCGGACAAAGGCUUUUGUUCAGGUUCAUGAAAACCCCGGACGAAAUCAUGAGUGGCCGGACAGACCGUCUAGAGCACCUUGAGUCUCAGGAGCUGGAUGAACAAGCGUACCAAGAGGACGAAUGCUAAGGGGGCCCACCACGGCCGCACCGGCUGGCCAAGAGGAAACCUGCCCACAGGGACCGCUGGAGGCGUGAUGGAGCAGGCGAGCUGGGGGUGGCUAAGAGAGAAGAGGCCCAGGAAUGGCAGGAAUGCUUUUCCUCCACACCGAGAGGGACCCAGAGCACCUUAGACAAACCACCCAGCAAUGGCGGGGCUGGAAUUCUGGCGGAGGGCACAAGCCUGAGACUCAUACGUCACAUUUGCUUCUCCUUCGGACCUCUUGUCUGUAACGCCUCACCCUCACCCUGCACCUGUCGUUAGUCUCAUGAUGUUUCUGUUUUUGUUUUUCUGGUUUUUUUUUUUUUUAAAGAACAUGCAGUUUGAUUAUUCAUCGUUCAUACAGGGGAAGACAUCACAUGUUGCUUUCCUAUCCUAUGGAAAUAUAUCUAUUAUAUAUAUUAAUUUUUUUUUUUUUUUUUUUUUUUUU